AUCUAAAGAUGAAAGAGGUGCACGAAUGUACCCUCUCAACCAAAGCAAUCGACGUGGGUCUAUAUCCCCUUCGACCCAAUGCCCCAUGGAUACUAAGAGUCCUCAGAUACCUCCGGAAAUUCUUCAUCAUGGACGUGAAGAACAUCAAAAGCAAAGAAUUCUUCAGGAACAAGUCCACCAUGCUACUAGAGCAGAAAAGACACGCAAGAAGCCCUCAUCCCUUCGUGAUACACCCCUUCAGUAAGCUGAACGACACUCUGGAGCUGAUGUUCUUCGUCUCGUGGUUCUGGCAGUACUUCAGCAUACCAGUGGUCAACGGCUUCAACUUCAUGAUGAAUCCAUUCCUAAACUUUGCCAGCACCAUGAUCAACCAUAUCCAGUAUAUCGUUUUCUUGUCGUUCUUCCUCCUGGGUUAUGUGGAUCAUAAGAAGAAAGAGAUCGUCAUCAAGCCCAAACGAAUCAUCUGGCACUAUCUGACCACGUUCUUCGUUUUCGAUCUGAUAGCUGUGUUCUUCGACGAUGCUGCAUAUUUCUGGUUGGAGGAUCGUGAUCUUUUCGGCGAUUACUACAGAAUAAAUUAUGCCACUACUGCCAUAGCUACCGUAGCUUACUUCGUCAGGUUCACCUAUUUCUUGAGGGUGCUCAGAGAUAUCACCAAGAUGUUCCGUUUCUCCAAACCUUUCUACUACUUUCUGUUCCACGUCAUCGUCAUCACCAUUAUCAUCCACUUAUUCACUUGUUGCUUGUUCUCAAUACCAAUGUUGUUCUACGCUGGGGACUUUCCUCCAGACUCUUGGUUAGUCCAAGCGAAGGUGAACGAUGUCGAACACGUCCCAUUCAUUCGCUUGUAUACCGAGUGUGUCCUCAUCGUGUUCUGCUACUUCUUCGGGGCUUCCCACCAACGGUACGUCGUACGGCAACCCAACGAAGAGAUCACCCUCACCGUCAUCACUGUCUUCGGGCGGUUGUACACCCUUUUCGUGAUCGCUGAUUUGCUGAAGAUGUUCGGGGUAGUGGGGGUAUCAGAGAGCAAGUACGAGCAGUACAUGGGGCAGCUGGAGGAAUACAUGAGCUCGAAGAAUCUCCCGGAAGAUUUGAGAACGCGGCUGAUCAAGUACUACGAGUUCAAGUUGCAGAAGCGGUACUUCAAUGAGAGCCAGAUCCUGAACACGCUGUCCGAGCAUCUCAGGGUGGAGCUGUAUUUGUUCGGGGCGAAGAAGUUGAUUGAGAAGGCUUCUGUUUUGAAUACUUUGCCCAGGGCUAUACUUGGCACGCUGUUUACUCAUAUGAAGUCGGAGACUUUCCUGCCUUCUGAUGUGGUGACGAGGAUUGGGGGGAAUGUGGAGAAUGUGUAUUUUAUUUCGACUGGCACUGUCGCUGUCAUCAACGAAGAUGGUCAGGAGCUCUGCCACCUGGAGGAUGGGGAAGAAUUCGGUUUCGUGUCCCUUUGGACGUCCACUGACGUCACGCAAAUAUACAUGCACAUCGCAGUCGAGACUUCCGACAUCUAUUACAUCUCCAAGAGGAUGCUGAUCGAUUUUCUGGACAGUCAUCCGGAGAUAUUGAGGUAUUUCGAGAACAGAGUCAAGAAACGCAUAGAACGUUAUAGGGUGUUGGAAGAAAACAUGAUGAAGGGAGGCGAUGACGUCAUGUCCUCCUUGCGCGCAGGAAAGAUACUGGAGAAGCAGAACAUGAGGACCAUCAACCUCGAGUGAUAUUUUUUUAUGUUAUUAUUAUUUAUUUUGGUUUACUUCAUUUUGUUAUCGAAUGUUUUCGAUUUUAUAGCCUGGUGUGUUUUUUUUUUACUCAUAAAAAUUAUUU